CCUAAGAGUGUCGUCAAACCAUUACCAUCCAUGAUUUUCAAUCAAUCACACUUCAGGAAGCUGAAGAGACUUCUUUUUUCUUCUCGGAAAUCACUGAUUCUCUAUGAAGAACAACCCAGUUUCAGCUUCACCCAGAAAUCCAACUAUGUAGAUGUGAAGAUGAGAUGGAAGAAGGACGCCUUCUAUGACUCCAUUGAAAUCAUUCACAGAUCUCCUGAACUCAAACCUCUCAUCUCCCUAAAAAACUGCAUCACCGAAGAGCCCGACCGUUGCAUCCCCAUCUGCGCCAUCUCCAAGAGUGGAUUCAAAUUGGGGGUUCGAGGUAAAGUUUCAAGCUUUCUCAGGCGAUACCCUUCUGUUUUCGAAGAAUUUACUGGACCAAAAUACAAUCUUCCCUGGUUUAGAUUGACCCCAGAAGCCAUUGAUCUUGAUAGAGAAGAGCGGGUGGUUUAUAGAGAUCGAAAGGCUGAUAUUAUUGUCAGGCUGAAGAAAUUGGUACUGAUGAGUAAGGAGAAGAGGCUUCCAGUAAAUGUAAUUCGAGGGCUUCAAUGGUAUCUUGGGGUGCUGGAUGAGUUCCUGAAGAAUCCAGAAACGAAUCUGGAUUCCUCUUUCAGAUUAAUGGACAUGGGUGAUGGGCUUCAAUGGUUGACUGUCGACCCAGAUGGAGAAACGAUGCUCUCCGUAAUGCAGAAGAACGCCAUUACUAGAGGUGAGAGUACGGAGGUAAUUUCUUACCCUCUUUUCCCUUCCAAGGGGUUGAGAUUGAAGAGGAAGAUCUCCAACUGGUUAGACGAAUUUCAGGAGCUUCCAUAUGUGUCUCCCUAUGAAGAAUCCUCCAAUCUGAAUCCGAACAGCGAUAUCUCUGAAAAACGGGUUGUAGGUGUUCUUCACGAAUUGCUGAGCCUAUUCGUUGAUCACUCUGUCCAAAGAAAGAUGCUUUUUUGUCUUCGUCCAUAUAUGGAUUUGCCCCAGAAGUUCUACAAGGCGUUUGAACGUCAUCCCCACAUGUUUUACCUAUCUUUGAGGAACAAGACUUGCACUGCGAUUCUCAAGGAACCCUACAAUGAUGAUUCAGCGAUGGAAGCUCAUCCCAUCUUGGAAGUGAGGAAGAAGUAUAUCAGAUUGAUGAAGGAAUCUGAUUUUAUCUUGAAAAACAGACGACCUGAGAAGAAGUUUAUGGGGGUUGGGAAUGUGAACUUAGACGAUGGCAUGUGCUCUGAAGCCAGGGAGAGACAAGUGAACUUGGAACUUGAGUCGCAAAUAACAAUCUAGUGGGAUUCACUACGAACUGUAAAUUAAGUUCCAGAUGAAUCUGAACCUGGAAACUGUAACAAGACAGACAUUAGG